AUGGAUUCCUCAUCUUCUUCAUCCAACAUAUCCAUCACGAGAGAAGAGUAUAAUGCUUUCUACAAGUUUGACAGAGCUCUUCUCUCUCGUAUCGUCAUAAGUCUAAGUGGAGACGUUAGCAUGGCUCUUCAGGUCAUGUCCUUUCUCAUCUAUCUCGAGAAAAGAAAUAUCGGGAGCAACCUAAUCGUGGAUCUUGUUUCUUUACCCGAAAGUUCCAUCGAUGCCCUCGUUGACGAAGUUAGGACGUGUAUGAGUUGCUUGUCCUACGAAUUUUUCCCAACGUUCGUGAGCACCUUGAGGAACACCAACGACUUAUCCCUACCUUGGAUCAAGCGUGUGACUAAAGAGAACUUGACUCUCGGAGUCAUUCACGUGAAGCGAGAAGACAUUCUCAAUAAGAUGACAGAAUAUUUAACGACUAUAUGCUACCCAGCUUUUGAGGAUAUAUGCGUGCGUUUUGAGACGCUCAACAAGGAGGAUAUGUAUACAUUUAGCCAGUUCUUGUGUGGUCAACAUGUAACAGCAGGAACAAGAAACGUUGAGGGUCAGCACGUAUCGGCAGAUGACAGGACUGUCUUCCUCAUAUUUUCCAAAGGAUAUCCAAUCUCUAAAUCCGAAGUGCAUGCCUACUUCACCAGGAGAUUUGGAGAAAUUGUUGAAGCGAUCAACAUGGCUAAUGAGGGAGGGAGAUAUGCAACCAUGGUGUUACGUUCUGCCGCCAAGAUUCCAGAGAUUGUAAACGAUGGAGUUGACAAGACCAAAUUCAUUAUUAAUGGAAAAUUUGUUUGGGCUCAAAAAUUCAUUCCCAAUCACAAAUCCGUUAACUAUAACUAA